AUGCUUCGCGAAAUUCUGUAUGGACUCACUGGCUUGGUUCUGCUGGCCUAUGCUGCAGAUUUCUUGUACAAUGCUGGAGACGAUCCCAAUGAGCCGAUUCGGAUACGUUCGAGGUUCCCCCUAAUCGGACAUGUCCUAGGACUGAUGAGCCAAGGGCCAACCUACUACAGAAAGACGAGCAAUUCUACCGAAGCCGAGAUCUACACCCUUGGAUGUUUUAAUUUCAAGGUGUACAUCAGCGCUUCCAGCCGGCUUUUACCCUUCAUCCAGAAACAAUCAAGGGCUCUGUCGUUCCGACCUUUUCUCCAGCUCGUUGCACGAAAGUACGGCGAUGCUUCAGAUGCGGCCUAUGAGAUCUUUGGAGGCAGCCUGCCCGAUGACUUGAGCCAGUCCGUGAAGAUGAGCUUGGCCCCAGGUAGCCAUCUUGACGAACUGAGUUUGAGAAUGGGCAAAAGAGUUUUGGUCGACAUCGAUGAUUUGCUUUCAUCCAGGGAUAAGGUGCCAUUGUUGUCUUGGGCUAGACAUGCUGUUGUCCAAGCAACAAGUUGUGCUGUCUAUGGAGAGAAGCACCCUUUUCUCGACCAAGAAAUCGAGAAUUCCUACUGGAAAUGGAUGACAUAUCUUACUGCUCAUUUGGUCGGCUGGCUUGAUGUUACAAAGAAGGGAUAUGCGGCACGAGAGAAGGUUUUUCAGUCAUAUAUCAAGUACUGCAGAAAGCUGCCCAAAGAAAGCUCGCACUUGAUGAAGGAGCACCAACGUGUUCUAGGAGAGGCUGGCAUAUCUAGUACGGACAAGGCCAAGCAGGCCGCCAUCUUUACCAUUGCCUCCUUCAGCAACUCAGCACCGACUCUGUACUGGACCUUGUGGGAACUCUUCUCCCGUCCCGAAAUUCUCGAAGAGGUGAGAGGAGAACUCACAAAACAUGCAGUUGCCAAUCUGGAAGACGGAGAAUUCGUACUUGACGUCGCUGCACUCAAGUCUCAGUGUUCGCUCCUCCUCUCGGUGUUCCAAGAGACGCAGAGAACUCGUCACGUCAAUCCCAGUUUCCGCAAGGUCUUGACGGACACGCUUCUGGAUGACAAGUAUCUCUUGAAAGAAGGCAAUUACCUCCAGGUUCCCGGAAAUGUCAUUCACAGUGAAACAGGCAUCUGGGGUCCGACAGCUUUGCAGUUCGACCCCUAUCGGUUUAUCCCCAAGAAAGGAGGCGAGCGAGAUGUAUCUACCGCCAGCGGCUUUGUCCCGUGGGGUGCUGCGCCGUAUCUCUGCCCGGCGAGACAAUUUGCCGCAACUGAGAUUCUCAUCAUAGCUGCCCUGCUUGCCAUGAGGGCCGAUAUAUCGCCUACGAGUGGGAUUUGGGAUAAGAACCCAGCAUUGAAUCACGCAGACCUUGCCACGCUAUCGCCUCCCACGAAGGAUGUUGACAUGAGUGUAAGUGUCAGGGAAGGGUGGGCUGGCAAUUGGACUGUCAAGAUGGGUGAAAGUCGAAGCCGUGUUCCUCUCGCCUCCGGAUAG